AUGAAAUCGAGUAUAAUUGGAUGGAAAAAACAAUCACCCGGUGAAGUAUAUUGUCUACCUAAUAGACAAUGUUACCCACAAGAUUCAAUAACAAAUUUCGAUACUCCAAAAAAAAUUAAAACAACCAGAAAAAAAGUUCGUUUUGCUAAUCAUUCAUCAGCUAAUAAACAACAAGCAUUUGAAGAUGUAGAACAAUAUAAUUCAGAAGAAACUAUUUUUCAAGACUAUGAUUCUAAACAAACAUCAUCGACAAAUAUUAUUAUUAUUAAUGAAUUAUCAACAACACCUAACAAACAACUAUGUAGUGUACGAGGAAUAGCUAUUACAUUUAUAAUUAUUGUCUUAAUUAUAAUAGUUGUAGCUAUUGCUAUCGGUAUUAUAUUUGGUGUUGUUAAAUCUUCAUCAAACACAGCACAAGCAAUAACAGUAUAUACUAAUUCGAAUUCAUCAUUAACAACAGUAAUAAUGACGAGUAGUGUGAGUAUAGGAAGUCAAAGUGGAGCCCCUUGUUCAUCCUAUACAACUAUCGAUGAUCCGACAAGAAAUGUUGCGAAUUCCGGAAUGUUUGGUACAUGUGAUGAGGGACCAAUAUUUAAUUCAAGUAAUGAUGGGGCUUGGAUACGUUUUGUUGGUAGUAGUGGUACCAUAAUAGCACUCUCACCACCUGGUUCAAAUCAUUGUGGUGGUUAUGGAGCAAUAUGGUUAAAUAGUACACUACCAACAACCGUAGGUACUAUGAUCAACGGAACACUCUGUUAUGAUGUGGACGGUGGCACAUGUUAUGUUAUUGACACGACGCAAAUAUUCUAUUGUACAGGUAGUUUCUAUAUUUAUUUUUUAUCACCUGUUAUUUUUUGUAAUGCACGUUAUUGUAUUACAUGA